CCCCUCCUUUCUAAACUGGCUUUGGCACCUCUUUAAACGAAGAAUAUGCCAAAGCUAGUGAAAGAAAGGCUGAGUUCUGUUUUAAAAGUAGGAUUUUCUGAAAUUUCAUCUGGAAAUCUCUUGGAAAAUCUUGCUAAAGAUAGUGGAAACCUUGCUAUUCCAUCAGGAAAUCAAUUUUUCUUUAAAUUAAAGUGGAGACAAGAUGAUUUAGCUUUUAGCUUGAGAUUCGAAACCUGAUGAAAUUAAGAGCCUCAGUGAGGUAAAGCACUGUUCUGGCUCUUUAAAGCACUUAGCAAAGAAGAAGAGCACUUUUAGUAGUA